AUGGAAGGAAAGCUCGAUGCGCAUUUCGUUCCAUCCUUACGCGGCAGACACGAUAAACGGAACUUACUUCCAUCGUUCCAUUGUCCUCUGAAAGUAGAUCAAGAGGUAGGGGAAGAGAAACUUACUUCCAUCGUUCCAUUGUUCUGUCUUGCGUAUACCCAAUUGUUUGUAAACAUUGCAGUGGUGAGAAUCUUGAUUACAUACUUCACAGAUACCUGGAAGAAACACAAUGUUCUCCCGCUUGCUGUUGCAAUGGUAAAUUUACUAAGGGGUUUGUCGUCUGUUUUGAAAGUUGCGAUGACUUACAUCUCCGACAACCGUGUUAGUCCUCUCAAAGUCAUUCUCUCCUCAGUUGCUGCCUACAUCAUCGGAAUGGUGAUGUUAUGCAUUUCGGCAUUCCAUCCGAUUCCUGGUGACAUGACCGGGCUGUACUUCGUACCUGUAGUGCUUCUGAUAGCUGUGGGAAAAGCCGGAGGGGUGCCUGUCUUGAAAGGAUUUCUAGUUGGUCAAUUAACGGCCCAUGAACCGAGGCAGCUGGACAUAGAUGAAGGCAGAGUAAACGCAAGAAAGAAUGUGUGGUGGACCAUUGCAUGGUUAUUGUGUGGACUUAGCAUUCUCUUCGGCAGUGCCGGUUGGCGUGUAAAGUUCAUGGUGUCAACAUUAGUGAUGGGCAUUGGUUAUUUUCUGUUCCUGUGUUGCAUUCCUCUCUACCACCACAGAUCAUUGGAUGAAGCUGCUACUACGGAAAUCCCCCGUGGAGCUAGCCCUGAAGAGAAUACAAACAAUGGUCUGACUUCAGCAGUUUCUCCAGAAAUCUCCCGUGGAGCUAGCCCUGAAGAGAAUACAAACAAUGGUCCGACUCCAACGGUUUCUCUAGAAAUGCUCCGUGGAGCUAGCUCCGAAGAGAAUACAAACAAUGGUCCCAAUCAGGCAGUUUCUCCAGAAAUCUCCCGUGGAGCUAGCCCUGAAGAGAGUACAAACAAUGGUACGACUCUGGCAGUUUCUGCAGGAAGAAGACUAAUGGAGAAAUGGAAGCCUCUUUUUAUAAUGAUUCCCAUGUGGACUAGUUUUCUGAUAUUUGGUCUGGUACUAUCAACAGGGGACAGUUUCUAUACCGAGCAAGGAAGAACCAUGGAACCUACGGUCUCUAUUUAUAUACUUAUUAUGAUAUGGAAGAUGACCGAGUGUACAAGCUCUUCCUUUUCCACACGCUUGUUAAGAACACGAAAAACAAAAGGCAUUACAGUUGGAAUCUGGACAGCAAUGUUGGUAUCCGUUAUCUGUUGUUAUGUCGCGUGGCAUGUCGAGAUUCGCAGGUUGCGUGCCAUUGCGGAGUACGGAUUAUGCGUCGACCAAGAUUCUUACGUACCCUUGAGUAUUAUGCAUCUGGCACCGCAGUUCUGUCUGCUGGGACUCACGGAAGGGAUUGGUAGAGAAGGCCUGGAACUUUUCUUUAAGGUUCAGGUCUCUGAUGUGCCAAUGAAGAUAUAUGGAUCAGCCCUAAAUGAAGCUGUGAUCGGGCUCGGAAGCUUCCUUAAUGCUAUACUUGUUUUCCACUUCAAGAGCUGGUUCCUCGACACUUUAAACUGCAAUAGUCGCCUGGACAAGCACUACCAACUGUUGACGAUACUGAGUUUUGCGAACCUAUGCUACUACAGCGGGUUUGUCUCAAUUUAUUACUCAAACAAGAACAAAACCAAAGACGAUCUCCAAGUAGAAGCAGCAGGAGCAGGUUAAUUUAUGGAGCAUUGUAGUGGACUCUAUGGCAUGGUCGGGACCUUUUGUUUGGACCUCUAGGACGUUUGCAUUUUUAUUUCUUUUCUCAUGUCAAACAGUUUCAGUACUCAUCUUGCUAUAUAAAAAGAAUAUUGGUUUAAGUUUGCAAAUUAAUUUUCAUAUAAUUUUGUAUUCAGUUUCAAAUGGGUUCGAAUUGUUAAGUGAUCCCCCUCCCCCGUAUGAUCAGUAGUCUAAUUCUAAGAAUUGAAAAUCUGUGUGAUGGCUACUAAUUCUAGGCAGUUUGGUGCUAUGUUGGCGGGUUUGAGUU